CCCACAGCCUAGCGCCUGCGCUUCCGGGAGGAAAGUUACUGGUCGAGUAGCGCGAAACGCCGAGAGGUAGACUCCGCGCCGACUGGCGGCCAACCUGCAGUCUCGGGUGGUGCCCGCCAAAAUGUCUCACAUGGAGAGCAUGGUGCUUUGUCGAGAGGCCCAAGUGUCCACCUUGCAGUCCCUGUUUGGAGAGAGACAUCAUUUCAGCUUUCCGUCCAUCUUUAUUUAUGGGCAUACUGCCAGUGGGAAGACCUAUGUAACACAAACCUUGUUGAAAACUUUAGAGCUCCCACAUGUCUUCAUGAACUGUGUUGAAUGCUUUACUUUGAGGCUACUUUUGGAACAAAUUCUAAACAAGUUGAGUCAUCUUAAUUCUUCAGUGGCAGGAUGUCCUACAGAAAUAACCUGUGAAACAUUUAAUGACUUUGUUCGAUUGUUUAAGCAAGUGACCAGUAAUGAAAAUCUCAAGGAUCAGACUGUAUAUAUUGUUCUAGAUAAAGCCGAAUACCUAAGAGAUAUGGAAGCAAAUCUUUUGCCUGGGUUUCUUAGGUUACAAGAGUUGACUGACAGAAAUGUGACUGUUAUUUUUCUCAGUGAGAUUAUUUGGGAAAAGUUCCGUCCAAAUACUGGAUGCUUUGAACCAUUUGUCUUAUAUUUCCCUGAUUAUAGCAUAGGGAACCUUCAAAAGAUCCUGUCCCAUGAUCAUCCUCCAGAAUAUUCAGCUGAUUUUUAUGCUGCCUACAUUAAUAUUCUCCUUGGAGUUUUCUACACUGUCUGUCGAGAUCUGAAAGAGCUCAGACAUCUGGCAGUGCUUAAUUUUCCCAAAUACUGUGAACCUGUAGUUAAAGGAGAAGCAGGUGAACGUGAUACUCGGAAACUGUGGAGAAAUAUUGAACCUCACCUGAAGAAAGCAAUGCAGACUGUUUAUCUCAGGGAGAUAUCAAGUUCCCAGUGGGAAAAGUUACAGAAAGAUGACACAGACCCAGGACAGCUAAAAGGUCUCUCGGCAUACACUCAUGUGGAACUACCAUAUUACUCUAAGUUUAUUCUUAUUGCUGCAUACCUUGCCUCUUAUAACCCAGCGAGAACAGACAGGAGGUUCUUCCUUAAGCAUCAUGGGAAAAUCAAGAAAACCAACUUUCUAAAGAAACAUGAGAAGACAAGCAAUCACCUCCUUGGACCAAAACCAUUUCCAUUGGACAGAUUAUUAGCAAUAUUGUAUAGUAUUGUGGACAGCAGAGUGGCUCCAACAGCAAAUAUCUUUUCCCAGAUUACCUCCCUAGUGACUCUACAGCUGUUAACUCUAGUUGGUCAUGACGAUCAGCUUGAUGGACCAAAGUACAAAUGCACAGUUUCACUAGAUUUCAUCAGAGCUAUUGCACGGACGGUGAACUUUGACAUAAUAAAAUACUUGUAUGAUUUCCUGUGAAAACAAGCUUCAAAGCCAUAUGGACACUGUGACAAUGACUAAGCCAAGCUGUGUUCAUCCAGCUACUUAGCUGGCCAGGGAAAGGAGUUCUUUGGCUCUAUUGGAUUUGUCCAAACAGGUGCUGGCCCAGCAUGGAAUCUGAUGAAAAUACUCUGAUUGGUCUGGGUAGAUGUGAGCAGAAGACUAUUUACCAGGGGCCCGGGAGUAUUUGGAAGCAAUGUGUUAAUUAUAAACAGCAGGGUUUGCACACAAUCUGUUCUACUCUUAAUGAUGUUAUCUUAACACUGAAAUUGCCUGAAACCCAUUUACUUAAGACUAUGUUUUGCUCUAUGAACUAUCCCCUGCGCUUUGAAUGUGCCAGCAGCCCUUGUUUAUAUGCCCAGCCUUUUCACUUCCUCUCCACAGGAGCCCUUGGAGUCUCUUGCCAAAGCAGAUUUCCUAAGGCCACUAUUUUAAAAGAUCAUACUUGCAAAUACGUUAUUUUUUAAAACCUAAGCUGUAUAUGCUUAUCUUUUUAUCCUAAUUUUCUCAAACACAAGGUAGCUUGUUCGAAUGUACACACACCAGCUUUAUGUCUAGCUCUGCUUGCUAACCUGACAGUGCUUAUGUAAGACUUAUCUGGUCACUCUCACAGUUAACCACCCAAGCUGACUUUUUACCAGCAUACUGUUUUCCUUCCUUCCUUCUUUCCCUCUCCUUUCUUUCCUUUUCCUUUUCUUUAAAUUGUUAGCUUUUGAAAGCUCCACAAUAAAAUCCUUCCUCUUA